UUGUCCAGCCUUGAAGUGCUUCUCCACCUGAUUCAAACAUGCAGUCACGGCGACCCACACAGAACCUUCAAAGUCAAUCCAAUAGCAGCCCGAAGAUGUCUGGGUGUACGCGUGUGCUCAAGUGUCUGUGACUGCAAGCAGAGCGAGCAGAGAGAGCUGGAGACGAUGUAUGCCUCUGUGUGUGUGCGCGCGCGCGCGCGCGAGGUGAGCGCGCGGGGAGGGGGAGGCGCGCGCGGGCCCGCGCAUUCGCGCGCGCCCAGUCCGCUCGGAAGAGGAGGAGGAGGAGGAAGAGGAGGAGGAGAAGGACGAGGGGAAGGAGGAGGAAGAGAAGGAGGAGAAAGUGGCUCUCUGCAGCCCGUCGGAUUAAAAGUAACCAGACUCGUCCAGAAAACUGCGUCCAGGAAGGAAGUGACAGAAGACGAAUGGGAAAAGGAGAGCAGCUCACAGCCUUUGAAACCUCGCGAAGACAACACGUUGAGCGGCGGGCUCCCUGCUUCUCUCCCCGCGCCACUGCAGGGGACGCUCGGAGAGAGCCGAAGUCUCCGCUGCCGCGCGCGCUCGCUCUCCGGGGACGCAGCGUGCCAGCCAGCAGGAAAGUCCUGCAAAAGUCGGGAUCUUUCCUCUGACCAAUAGGAGCGCGACCCUCACCAUAGCUCCGUGACUCCCCCCUCCCCCUUCGGAUUCGCGCUGGCUACUUCAGUCUUCCACCGGUCGGUGCGCGCUUCUGUUACUCACGCGGAAAAGCCACCGUCCAGGAUGCCUGCAGCACUCGAUCCCAGCGUGCUUUUCCUGCAGAACACGCGGCUUUCCACCCUGAAAGGUUGGAGGGCUAGACAGCGAGCUGGAAGCUUUGUCGAACGUUAGUUGUGUAGGAAACAAUACAAGAAUUACUAGUUUUUUGAAAUCCUGGCUUCAUUUGCGAGGCCAUGAACUUUCUAAUCAGUUUGGAAAUAUUUACCAAGGCAGCAGCUAGCUAGCUGCCUCAGAGAUUUCCCCCCUCCUUUCUCAAGCUCUAUUUCUCUCCCUCUUUUCCCCUUCUCUCUCUUCUACACCUUACUGGCGCCCGUGCAGGUCAUUACACCAAACCAACUUCCCAGAGGCUUUAGGUUACUGGUGACCUCACUUACACUGAAGACUUUGGGCCACACAGGAAGCAGAAAUAGGGACUGAUAAGGAAGAGCAUUGUGUUAAGGUGGAAGCAGGUGAAACGUUUUUCUUUAGCAAAAAUAUAGGUUAAUAUUCAAUUUUUAGGCAAAGAUAUGAGAGUCUGGACACCACCCUGCUCUUUCUAAUUACACCAUACCCAAGAAAGUUAAAAAUAAAAUGUUAGCCAUACUCAAAUGAAGAGACAAGAUUCCAGUAAAAUAUAGAUAACGUGAAAUAGUCAAACAUCUAAAAAACCUAAUAUUGGGAAGGAAAUGGAAAACGAACAAAGGCCAAAAUGCUGAGUGUACAAGAGGAGGCAGUUCUUGUAUACAGAAAUAUUUAGCUAAUUAAAGAUAUUUCCUCACUUAAAAAAUUCCUUUCUGUACUAUGUGUUUAGCCCAACGACUAGUUGCAUUUCCUGUUAACUUCUUUAGUAUGCCUGCAGACAACUAUUUUAAUACAUGAAGGCAGAGUGGUUCUCAAAGCCUCCUGCUUCAUUGUGGGGGCUAUUUGAUGUUAGUUGCUUCUCUCAGAAGAGUGAUUUCAACAUUCAACCCACCCUCCCAAGCUUCACUUGAACGGAGAUGGUUGAUUUAACAGGCAAGUACAAGUAGAUCUGAACAAUCUUCAUGCUUCUGGCUCAUUACCAUUGUGACUAUUAGUACAGCUAAGGAAGAUGGCAUUUUUAUUUUAGAAAAGCAGGGCAAACUGUCACAAAGCAAAAACUAUCUGAAAUAGUAAAAAAAAUUGCAGAUUAUUACAUACAUUUUGCUUGCCUGUUUGUUUUUCAUAUGGUGAGUUCGCUACUAUCAUGAAUUCAUUUUAAUAGUACCGCAAAGAACAUCUAUGUCAGGUUUUUAUUUAAAGUAUAACAUCUAAAAAAAUUCCAGAAAUUUAAAGGUACACUGACAUUUUAAAUACUAAGAUUUGUCUGUAUGUAGUGGUAAAAAAGAAAAUUAAUUUUGUUUUUUUAAAGGUUUACAAAGGUUUUCACAAAGCAAACCAUUUGAAGAACCAUGUGAGUUUAUAGCUAUAAUGUUUAAAAUUAAUGUAAUGAAUUGUAAUGGCCUAUGAGCAAGUACAUAUGAACAAAUAGAUAAAGCUGGUUCAAGAAUUUCAAUCAUGUUGUGUUUAGUAGAUUAAAGAGGGCAUUUCUGUUUGUCAUAGUGCACUACUGUUUUAGAUUUAUUUUUCCUUGAUCUGCUUUAUUUUGCCUUUUCACAUUUUAAAGAAUUAUUUAAUGAUAAACAUAACAAACCCAUAAUUAUCAGUGAUAAUGCUAGCAUUCAAAACUAUAUACAACCCCACAUUGUGGAUAACUUGAAAACAAUUUGGAUCUGAAUGUAUCACAGUUGGCCUUUGAAUAUAUAAGAUUUUUUCCCCUCAGCAGAUUUAGCUUCUUAAUUAUGUGUGACCCAAGUUAAUAUUAGCAUUAGUUUCCUUCCUCAAAGCCUUUAAUAGUUGAAGGGAAACAGAAGAGGUUGUGUAGAAAUACACAGUAUGCACUCACCUGAAAUUUAAAAUUUUCAUUACAAAGUAAUGAAGUAGUUAAUUUAGAGUUUUCUUUAAUACUCUUCUUUUAAACAAGUCCCAACCUGGUAUUUAUUUUUUUCUUUAAAUUUACCAAACCAUCUUUAUCUUUGUCACCUCAUAUUAUUUGGCUAGGACCACAAUAUUUUCUCAUGUACAGAGGGGCUUGUCCUGGGUGUUAGGAAACUCAACUGAGUUCAAGGCUUUUGUGGCUGGGAAUG